GUUGAGAAUGUGCACUUGCUGCCAGAUACAGUACAUACAGUGUACAGGAUACUUGUACACAUAUUCUACUAAGUCUAGGAAUUUAAAAAUGAAGGGGGCACAAUCUUUGCGACAUUCGUCUGGCGUGGGUGUGACAGAACAAUGUAUUCAAGCUUUCCACGAGAUCAAGAUGAAUCAUCGAUGGCUGUACAUCAUCUAUAGAAUAUCAGAUGAUCUCAAGAAUAUAAUAAUAGAUGAAAUUGGGGAUCGGGACAGAACGUAUGCAGAUUUUGUCGAUCAAUUAAAAGACGCAGAAAGGAAGAAACAAUGUCGAUAUGGUGUUUAUGAUGUGCAAUUUCUUCAAGAUCACGUUCCACAAGAAAGAUUGGUGUUUUUCUUAUGGAGUCCAGAAUGCGCAACAAUCCGUCAGAAAAUGAUAUAUUCCACUAGUAAAGCAGCAUUUAGACUAAGAUUAAAGGGAAUAACAACAGAAAUGCAAUGUAAUGACGAUAGUGAUUUAGCUGUAUCCAAUGUUUUGGAGAGGUGUAGCAGAAAAUACACAUUCAGUCCACCAAUUUGAAUUGUUCCCGGGGACUUAAAAAAGACAAUCAGGGAGGUUUUUAGAACAGCCACGCCUUUCAAUGUGACGCUACAUUUCAAACGGAGGUUCCCGUUUGGAUAUUAUAUUGACAUGCGUCGUAAUUUAAGCUAACAAAAACCUCUCUAAAAAAGACACUUUGACUCUUCCUGAAUGGAACUGGUUAUCUAAAAACAAAACUAUUAUUUGGUGGUUCGUUAACUCAAUCGGAUCAAAACCUUAUCUUCAUUUCGUUCCGGGUUUAAAUUUUUGAAGAUGGACUUUACUAUUAUUUUGAAUGUGGUUCAAAUCGUUGUGAUUGGUUUCAAAUCGUUGUGAAUUGCCCAUGACAAAGACUGGAAGUGUGGCCAGGCGUUGGUGUGAGGCAAAGUCAGUUGAACACAAACUUAUGAUCUGUCUCUUGCUUGUCGUUUAUAGUGAUAUAUUAAUGAAUAUUCUAACCGUUAUUUUGAGGUUCAAAUCCGAUGGACUCGACUUUAAGAUACAUUAUGGGAGAUAAGAUAAAGAACUGGCAUUUCUCACUAUAAUAGUUAAAAACUAGAUACUGUAAAGGUAAUUUGCUGAGGAUUUCAGUCAAAUUGAUCUACUAUGAACCGAGAAUUAAACGAUUCAAAUUUCGGCCUAGCCACGAUCAUCAUUACUAAAGUCUGUACGAUAAAAAACAUAGUUUCGAUUAUCCAUUUCAUGAUUAAAUUAUGAAUGGAAGUCGGGCCACAAAUCCAGUUAAUAUCGCAGGCUAUCGAUGCCAUCGAAAGUUGAUUAUGGUCUGGAUAAGUUAAUUAAUGUCUAAUUAAUAAUUUAGAUAACAUUUCAGACCAAAAGAAAGACCUGCAAUUGGCGGAUUUAGCGCUUGCAUAAUGUAUGUUUAGCGAAAUGAUUUUUAAAGCACGUUAUAAAAGGACUAUUAAUAUGUUUACGAAAGAUCGUCUGUGGAGAUACAUUAUAACAUAGAUCUAUUUAAGAACUAAUGAUAUCCCGAAGAAAGUAUCUGUGCGUGUACGACAGUAACAAACUGUUAUGUAUAUUGAAUUGAUAAGAAUGAGGCUUUCACAAAAUCAAUAAUAUGUGUACAGGUAAAAGAUUAAAGACCCAACCCACCCCCACCAUCCAGCAACAAACCGUUAUAUCGUUAUUGAACUGACAUGAUUAUGGCUCUCACAAGAUGAAUUAGGUUUGUAGCUAAAUGAGUAAAGACCCACCCCACCCCACCCAGGGGCCUUAUAAACUUAUAUGGCUAUUAAAUUGACAUGAUUAUGGCUUUCACAAGAUCCAUUAUGUGUGUAGCUAAAAGAUUAAAGACCCACCCCACCCCACCAGGGGCCUUAUAA